AUGGCCGAUGCUACGCAAGGGAGUUCGCGUGGCAUUCGGAAGCCGCGAAAAUCCCGCGGCCGUGGAUUGCGGGCCACCACUGGAUGUCUGAUCUGCAAAAAGCGUCAUGUCAAAUGCGACGAGGCUCGCCCACAAUGCGGUCCGUGUGCCAAAGGCAAGCGUGACUGUGUCUAUGGCACUGGCACCACGAGUCAUCCUCAAGCUCCUGGCUCGGGGCCAAACACUGCUCCUGCUCUCGCCAUCCAUAAACCUCCCUCAAUAGAGCACCUGCCGGUGCGAAGCCAAGUGCAUGAGCCGCUGCAAGUCCUGGUUGAUGCUUGUCAGCAACAACCUCCCGCACCCGAAACACGGCCCUUGGCUCGUUCCGCCUCCAUAUCAGCAUCGCCAGGUGUCUCAACAAGCCAGACACUGACACCGGCCUUUCCAUCCCAUCAUAGUAACCAUCUCACUUCGCCACCCUCGACCCACGAUUUAGCACCGUCUCCUGCGACAGAUUCCUCCGUCUCCUCGAGACUGGCCCCUCUCAGCUGGUUCGAGUUAUUGGCCAACGAUGCCGUCAAUGCGGAUCGCAGUCUGGUCCUGUCUCCUGCCCCAGGGGACCAUCUCGCCGGAGCAGUAUCCUUAAACAACUUCCUUCCACGCUCCAAGAGGGAGUGUGAGAGUUUUCAGGCUGCAGCUUUCAGACGCGACCCCGAGCUGGAGAAUCGUCUACCCACGUCAACCACCGACCAGCAGCCCGUCCGCCCCGAUCACCCUUCGUCAUGGUCCACCCCGGCUCCAAUCGAGUUGACGGAAUUGGAGCACCUGCUCUUUAGCCACUUUGUGCGGAAUGUAAGCCGCUGGUUCGACUUCUACGACCCCGGGCGCCACACAGCAUCGAUAGUCCCUCAGCUUGCUGUAAGAAACACGGGGUUGAUGAAAGCCCUUCUGGCUCUUUCAGCCCGCCACCUGUCAAUUUGGCAUGCUAGAAAAGACCAAGGACGGGGUGCCGGCUUUGUUAUGCCUGGAUCGUCGAAGAGUUUUGCGGAUUUCCCGGCCGUGGAUCGCCACCUGGCCGUCCAGUAUUACUAUGAAACCUUGAAUUACCUCAACAAAGCGAUGCAGUACCCGAGCUACGCAUCCAGCCGCGAGCUGAUAUCGACUGCCUUGCUGAUCAGCACGUACGAAAUGGUGGAUGGAUCCAACAGUGACUGGGAACGACAUCUGAAGGGGGUGUUUUGGAUACAACGAUUCCAAAACAACAACGGCGAUUGCGGUGGCCUGCGUCAAGCGAUCUGGUGGAUUUGGCUGCGACAAGAUGCCUGGGUGGCCAUGCGCCAACGGCGGCGUCUGUUCAGUUUCUGGAAACCCGAGCGGCCCAUCUCCUCCCGGACCGCCCCGGAGCUAGCUUGCUUUGCAUCUUAUCUGCUUGCCCAAUGCAUCAACUACGCUUCUCAGGAAGAAACGGUGUCGAAUAACAUACAGAGCCGGCUGGAAAGAGGUAACGAGCUACUCUGUAUGCUGCAGGAAUGGCAGGAUCACCUGCCGGCGGAAUUUAACCCCCUUCCCACUGUACAGUACCCGGAUGUCUUCCCACCCAUAUGGGUCCAUCCUCCCCCGUACGCGGCUGCUUUGCAAAUCCAUAGCCUCGCUAGAAUCCUUGUUAUCUCCAAUCGCCCCCCGACCGGUGACUUCCAGGACUACCGGGCGGCACAAAAGAUCCUGACGACCGCUGUGAACACCAUUUGCGGCAUUGCGCGGACCGUAGCGGAGGACGAGCUUGCCGGUGGACUGACGGCGCUGCAAUGCUUAUUUGGGGCGGGAAUGAGCGUUCACGCCCCUGAUGAACGAGCCGCACUACUGGAAUUGAUCGAUAAAUUCGAGCGGCUAGUGUGCUGGCCCAGUUAUUCGCUUCGGGAUACCCUCGAGGCGGAGUGUUACGUGGUCCUGCGGAUGAAAAAGCGUACCAUCAUGGCAUGCUCCUCCAACACCAAUUCCUCUCGCGACGAGGCUCCACCCUUCGUCAGCACGAUGCCCCCCGCCGACUUCAACUGGCAGAUCACCCUCUCCGGCAAAGUCAUCGCCAUCACCGGCGCCAACCGCGGCAUCGGCCUCGGCAUCGCGGAGGUGUGCCUCGCCAACGCGGCCCACCACGUCUACUCGCUGGAUCGGAUGGACCCCGGGGAGGAGACCCGGGCGCUACAACAGCGCUACCCGAACUUCCACUGCCUCGGGGCAGAUGUGACCUCCCAGGCGAGCGUGGAGGCGGCGAUCGAUCGCAUCGUAGCGGAGACGGGCCGCAUCGAUGGGCUCGUGGCCAACGCGGGCAUGACGCAGCAUCAGCCUGCGUUGCAGUUUGGCCGGGAAGAGAUGGAGCGCUUGUUUGAGUUGAACGUGUACGGAUCCUACUUCUGCGCCCAGAUCGCGGCCCGCAAGUUCAUCGAGCUGGGCAUUAAGGGGUCCAUCGUCAUGACCGCCAGUAUGACCUCUUAUCGACCGAAUCGCGCCGCCCCGUCCGCGCCCUACGGCGCUACCAAAGCUGCCGUGCGCAACAUGUGCCACACCCUCGCGAUGGAAUGGAGCCCCCACGGCAUCCGGGUCAACAGCGUCUCGCCCGGCUUCGUGCGCACCGCCAUGACCUACUACGUGGAGACGGCGCCUGACUGGCCUCAAAAGAUAGAGAACUACGGGGGCAUGCCGCGGCUGGCCGACCCGCGCGAGCUGGGCGGCGCCUAUGUCUAUCUGUUGAGUGAUUGCAGUUCGUAUACGACGGGGAUUGACAUUCCUGUUGCGGGGGUGGUUGGGGCUUGGUAG